AUGGCACGUCGAGCAAAGAAAUCAACAAAGAAAAGUUCAUCUCGUAAACAUACGAAAUUACCAAAGAAACCAUCAACAAUGUCCUCGCCAACCAAACAGAAUACGUCUGAUAGUCUGGAUGAUGAAACCAAAUUAGCAAAACGACAUUUAACGAAAGAAAUGUGGCAAUUAGUUUCGAUCGCUGUUAAACGAAUGGCGGAUGAACUUGUUUCGAUUCCAAAUACUCAAACACACAAAGCUCUGUCGGAAACUGAUCCUUCUUCUCUCUCGAAACUUUCAACUACGCAACAAAUGGGUGCGGGUGACGAAGGUUCUACUCCUGAUAAAUCGAGCAUAGCUAAAGAGUCAUUACCAGUGCAAAUGAUUGAAGUACCAUUGUCUACUAAGCAGAAAGCAACGAGUAAUAAUGCAAUACGCCGAUCGAUAAAAUCAGCUCGAAAAUCAACGUUACAACAUGGACGCAAGAACUACAAAAUGAAAUAA